GUUUGGCAUUUCUCAUACACUGUCUUGUCUUUAACGGUGUCUGUCUCUCAUUGUUAUCAUCAUCAAUGGCUAUGGUAGAAGAACCCAUCCUUUCGAGAUUGGACCGUAUUGAUGUCAUGGUGAGGAAGUUAGAAGAGAUGAAAGGAAGCUCACCGAGAAGCUCUAGCCCAUCGACUCCAUCGAGUGGGACUCAACCAUCGUCGCUUGAUCUUUCUUCACCGAGGAGCGUAGGGAAGGUUCAGUGUCGGUCGAUGGAGCAAGUGAUGGAAGAGACUGCACAAAAGGGAACUUUGCUAGAGAGAUUAAACAACGUGGAGGAGCAAGUUCUUAAGCUGUGUUUAAAGUUGGAGGAAGAGGUUGAAGAAGAGAGUAAGAGAGAUGAUAACUCGAAGAAAACGAAGAAGAAGAAGAAGGGGUUGAAGAAGUUGGUAGAGAAAGUUGUUGGAUCUUCUUCUCCCACUAAAAGCCCUUCCAAGAGAUGGCAUUGUUGAGUCUUCUUUUACUGUGUUCUUCCUCCAUAAUAUAUCAUCGAUGUAUAAUUCAACCACGUUCAAUAGCUUUUCUUGUUUUUCUUUGAUGGAUGGCCAUUUAUUUUUCUGGCUUGAAAUUAAAUUGUUUUGUUUUGUGUUUGUUGUUCGUGUUAAUGUGUAAUUUGCAAUGUGUAUCCACAAAACUGUUUGCUUGUUGUUUAAACC